AUGGAAAGCAAAGGGUCGAAUUACCACUGGGCCGAGUCCGACUUGUCUGGCUGGGCAAAGGAUAAGAUCAAGGAGACCUUAGAACAUCGAGGCUACAAAGUGAAUGAGAUGGAUGUGAUGGUUAAGAUAUGCCAAAGGAUGAAUACAUUAGGGCUGGUGUAUAUGAUAGGCUUUGAGUGCACGAAGGAUGGAAAGUAUUGUAGCAUAAGAAACUUCUACUCUGUGUCUGAAAAGGCAGAAGGGAUGGAAGACUUCGAAUGGUUUCCCGGGUUUUUCUCGGAGCUUGAGGAAGAGGCAAUACUCAAGUUUGGAAGCCGAGUUCUGGAUACUAAUAGGCAAGUGGAGGAGAGAAAACCUUGUGUCAGGAGUAUAGAUGCUGAGGAUGCAAAGACUGUAGACAUAAGUUACAAGGCAAGCAUUAACUGCGAGAUUAAUGAGUUCAAGAAUUUCAUCCUAUCCCAAGAAUAUAUUUCCAUGUGGAGUGGGUAUAGGGCAACCUUUGAUGGAGACGACAUCCUAAUUGACGGGGUAAUCAUCCGGAGACUCCGAGAAGAGAACGGAUGUAUCAGGAUGGAGUGGAAACUCGAGAGAUGGAGUCACUUCACAGAAGUUAAGAUAUCUCUCGAGUCUUUUCUUAAUAGCUCAAAGGUAACAGUGAAACAAAAGGCUGUUCCAAUCAAGGAAGAGAAAAGCAUUAGAAUGUGGUGGCAUGAGAAAGUAUUUGCCUCGAUUUCUACUUGCUUUGGAUUUAUCCUAAAGCCUCUAGAAUAA